AUGGUUGACACUCUCCUGAACCUGCAAGAUGCAUAUUCUUCGCGCGAGCAGAUGCCCUUCUGGGCCACCAAGUUAUUGACGCCAAUUUUCAUGGCCGUCGCCAUCCUCACCACCAUUCCUUCCCCAGGUCCCAUGCGGGUCGUCGUCGGGAUGUCAGCCCUUACCAGUCUAUGGCUGUACGUGCUCACCCACUGGGUAUCUGGUCCAGCUUUUUUCAUGGAUGCGAUCUUCAUGAUCUCCAUCACGGUGCGCUGGGUGUUAAUGUUCCUGACUGGAACUCCCGAAAUCGACUACUACCAGAACGGCAAAACCGCGACGAAGCUUGGCAGCACCAACGCGGACGGAGAAACCCUACACGGCUCAGCGUUCCUGAAUAAAGCCAAAUGGAGCGUGGAGCUGUGGUCAUGUUGGCGCGGCCAGGGCUGGAAUUUCGCUGACCAGCAUCUCCGACGAGGCGCAGAGCAGACUCAAUGUCGGUGGUAUGUCUGUUUCCCGGAGUGUUUCGAAGUGCAGCUGCUGAUAGAUCUUGGUAGGGAUUUCCUAAUUGCAAAUGCUGGCAGAAUCCUUCUGAACCAGUACAUCUCCGACAUGGUGCGCAAGUACGCAUUCUGCGCGUUCUGGCCGGCUCACCACCCAAACGUGGCUAGUGUGGAUUUUCGCGCAUUGCACAUACUCCACCGACAUCUACUCGUUGGAGCUCAAUUGGUCCGAGACAGUCUCAUGCUGGAUAGCGAAUAUCGCAAGGCUUCCCUGCUAUGCGUUGGGCUGUAUCUGUCCACGCCGGAUCGCUGGCCAGGCCUCUUCGGCAGCCCGGUCGACCUAUUCACUGUUCGGAAUUUCUGGGGCAGAGUCUGGCAUCAAAUGUUUCGGCACAUGUUCACAAGAUCUGGCGAGGUGGUGGCUAGAAUCCUGGGUUCGGAGAGAGGGACUCUGGUCUAUAAAUAUACGAAGCUGUACGUGGGAUUCUUGGUAUCCGGAAUCCAGCAUUACGCGUGUCCGCUGAUGAUUCCAUCUUUGCGCUAUGGCUGGGGAAUGUUUUGGCAGAUGCCAGCGUACGCUGCCAUCAUCACCCUGGAGGAUCUGAUCAAAUACUAUGGCAGGAAAGCUGGGAUGCAUGAUAGCGGGUUUGUCAGAGGUCUAGGGUAUAUCUGGACGGCAUACUGGAUGACGUUGAUUUACGCCCUACCUGUUGGAUAUGUGUCGGACAUUGGGGGGUUUGCGGUACUACGCAAGCAUCGAUAG